AUGGGCAAGAAAAAGCGUGGCCACCCCGAUAUCGAGGAGAUCCUCUCGCGAGCAUGGUGCUACUAUUGCGAACGAGACUUCGAGGAUCUGAAGCUCUUGAUAUCGCAUCAGAAGGCCAAGCACUUCAAGUGUGACAGAUGUGGACGACGACUGAAUACAGCAGGAGGUCUUUCGGUUCAUAUGAAUCAGGUGCACAAGGAGUCUUUGACCACAGUCGAGAAUGCCCUCCCCAACCGACAGGGCCUCGAGGUCGAGAUCUUUGGUAUGGAAGGUAUCCCGGAGGAUGUAGUCCAGCAACACAACCAGCGAAUCAUCCAGACAUUCUACCAACAACAAGCCGAACGGUUCGCAGCGACGGGGAAUCCCCCGCCGGGAGAGCGUGGUAAGGAGGGGCCGGCGAAGAAGAUCAAGGUUGAAUCAGCAGAUGAGCUCAAAAAGAGACUGGCCGAACACCGCGCGCGGACCGCUGCCCAGAAAGCUGCGGGUGGAAGCGCUACCCAUACACCUACGCAGGGUCUUCCCGAUGGGCACAGUCCGGCACAGAAUGGCUCCCCUGGCGCUUUCAAUUCGCCCUUUGCGCCGCCCGGUGGCCAGUUCCCCGGAUACCCUCAACAACCCGUCCCCGGUUAUACCCCUCCGCCGCAAUACCCUCAAGCGUAUCCUCCCUCGAGUCUACCCGCGCGGCCCGGAAGCAAUCUUGCUGCUCCUCCUGGGCUCCCCGCUCGUCCCGGUCAACAUGGCUGGCAAGGAAAUGCCUCGACCAUCGACGAGCUGGUGUCAGGCGCGCCGCAGCCAGAGGGUGACGAGAUCGACGCGCUCAUCAGGAUGGCCGAGAACCGCAUCAAGCCCCCGAAGAAGCCCGAUACCCCUGCCACUGCCCAGCCGGCCGCGGAAGAGGCCGCACCGGACAAGAAGUCCAAGAAGGAGAAAGACAAGAAUGUCAAGAUGAUAUACGAGGAUGAGCUCAGCCCGGAGGAGAGGAUGGCGAUGAUGCCCAGAUAUGCUUUUGCCCCCCAGGCUGUCGCGUAG